AGGUUGGAACAUUGGAAGAACUUCUCUUUCUAAAUCAAACAACAAAAUCUUGUUCAUCAAUUUUAAGAACAUCCUUACUUCAAAUUGCCAUUAAUUCGUAAUAAAAAGUUGGUUUUUGAACUUUGAUAAUGAAAUCUUUAAAACACCUCUAUCAAACGAAAAAAAUAAUGUAAUAGAAAACUCUGUCGUUACCGAUCAAAUAUCUCGAGGAAUCAAAUUAUCACUAAAAAAAGUCAAGUAAUGUAGCGUUGAUAUUGAUAAGGAAUUCCGAGACUAAUUUAUUUAUGAUACGUUGUGGGUGAGAUCCGCAGAUAGUGCUCAAGUAACAACUAACAAGAAACAAGCUAUGAAUAAAUUGCAUUCACAACUUGCAGGUGCUACAAUUUCCCUAUCAUUAAGGUGUAGAUCACGAGGCAUAUUAUAUUGCAUUCCUUGAACGUCCACACCGGCGCAUCGCAAUGACCAAUGUUCAUAUUUCACUAGAAACAUGCACAGAACGUGGAAUUAUUUCCCCUCCUUGUGUCUUUAUAUCAUUAAAUUCCCUUACAGGUAACCUUAAAUUACACAGACAGUUCCCUUCUUCUGUUCACUUGUACCUCUUUUUAUUCCUCACUUCUAAUCCAUCAUGGGAAAUGAAACUCAUGACCAACAAUACUCAAAAAAAUUGCAGCCAUAUGGUCACAGCCAAAAACACCGGCUGAAGUCAAUUAUGCUAGUCAUACUCACCAACCUUGUCACCAUUUACAUCUUAACUGGUCCACUUAGUUUUUUGUAUCACUCCUCUCUUGGUCCUCGUGACUCAAACUCAAUGUUGCAGGAACUCAACUCCACCAAAGCUCAACUUGCUGCCACAAACUCACUCUUGUCUGAAUUGCACCACAGACUCAACUCCUCAAACUUACUUGUCCAGGCUUUGCUCAUUGAUCUCACCCGCCAACAAGAAAAGCAAUCCAACAGUGCUGAUCAGAAUCAAGUGACUUUGAAGGUAGGGAGUGAUGAGCUAACUUUAGCACUUGGCCCUCACAAGCUCCCUUUUGGGUACUCACCAAGGAUAGGCUCAGCUGAGAUUCACAUACCUGUUGGUGCAUCAUGCAUGAGGUUCCAUGAGGAGUUAAACCAAUAUAUGGCAUAUGAAGUUGGAGGGGAGUGCCCUAUGGAUGAUGUGCUAGCACAAAGGCUCAUGCUUAAAGGGUGUGAGCCACUCCCUCGUAGGAGAUGCCACCCCAAGUCUCCUACAAAUUAUGUGGAGCCAACACCUUUGCCUGAGAGCCUUUGGACAACCCCACCAGACACUAGCAUUGUUUGGGAUGCUUAUGCUUGUAAAAGUUACCAGUGUCUCUUUGACAGAAAGAAUAAGCCAGGCUCCUUUGACUGCAAGAAUUGCUUUGAUUUACAAGGUGAAGAGAGGAGCAAGUGGAUCUUUGAUGAUGGAGGACUUGAUUUUGGAAUAGACCAAGUUCUGGCUACAAAAGCUGCGGGAACGAUUCGUAUUGGCCUUGACAUUGGUGGUGGAACUGGAACUUUUGCUGCAAGGAUGAGGGAAAGGAAUGUGAUCAUCAUCACAAGCACACUGAAUUUGGAUGGUCCUUUCAAUAACAUCAUUGCAUCAAGGGGGUUGGUGCCAAUGCAUAUUAGCAUCUCUCAAAGGUUUCCAUUCUUUGACAACACACUAGACAUUGUGCACUCCAUGGAUGUUUUAAGUAAUUGGAUACCAGACACCCUGCUUGAGUUUGUACUAUAUGAUGUAUACAGGGUGUUGAGGCCAGGUGGUCUGUUCUGGCUUGACCAUUUCUUUUGUUUUGGGUCACAACUCAACAAAACUUACGUGCCCAUGUUAGAUCGAAUUGGGUUCAAUAGAUUGAGGUGGCAUGUUGGAACCAAACUUGAUAGUGGUGUUCACAAGAAUGUGUUGUACAUUUCAGCCCUAAUGGAGAAACCAAUGACUUGAGGUAAGUGUAUGAAU